AUGCAGGACGCAGUCCGCCCUAACAAGCAAUGCGCUCACCGCGCGUUCGCCAAAGGAUAUCAGACAUGGUCUGCACUCCAUAGAACAUCCUCUGAUGAGACGGACUUGUGGAGAGAUUGCCUUAAGCGCUUGCGAACCGCCUUCCCCGAUCAUCCCCGGCUUCCCCAAAACGUCAAGACCGAUAAAAACUUCAGAAACGUCGCCUUGGUUAAGGCCACUACGACAUGGCUUGCAUCCAAUGAAGUUGAUCAUUUGCCGCCCUUCAAAGUUGAAUCUAUUUUCCACGUUGCUUGGGAUAAGCCAACCAGGGUGAUUCUAACGGCAGAUGGCCGACAUUCAAGGGCAACUCUGCCUGAUAUCUUUGGAAAGCAUAGUCACCACAUAUCGGUUCUGUUACAGGCUUGGGCCUAUAUUCUUUCCGCCAGAUGGGCUGAGCUCGCCCAUCUAUCCAGACAUGACAUUCCUUUGUCAAAUGGAAACACCAGCAGAUCACCGCCCGAACACAACAGCAAGUCUCCAGUGACCAUAAAUCUCGAAGCAGUCAGCAAAGGUGCUGUUCAGUGGUGGACUGCCUUACUGUCUGUCGAAAGAGGCUGGAGUGCGACAAUGUCCAACAAGGAGGGCAGAUGUCUUCAUUCACCAUGGUCCAUAUCUCUUGAGUCAGAAAUUCCCAUCCUUAUCUCGGCAGAGGGAAAGUCUACAACCUCAGCAUCCGCAGAUGUAUCAACUGCCUUAUCAGCAGCAUGUAGCUAUCUGGCCGAAUAUUGUAGCGUCCAUCGUAUCGAUGAUGAUGUCUAUCUAGCAUCCUUGGCAGGAGCCUUGAUGAUCCCUGCCUCCAAAUAUGACGGCCGAUCGAUCGCCCUACCAAUUCCAGAAACCCAUUUGGGUGAGAAAACGGAAGAGGAUGGACGCCUAUACCAAACAUCUUCAACUGUCACGGGCAUAAACAAAGUUCAAUUGGAUAGAUUAUUGACACUCAGCUGCAAUGCCAAAGGAACCAAAGCACUUCUUACCAGUGUGUUUUGCGAGGUUGAAGUGUCAAGCAACCUAUGUGGAAUGUGGCUGCAGGGUUCAUUUGCGGUUCUUGAUACGAUCAAAAACCCCCAUUCCCUUUUGCGAAUUAUGAUCAGAAGAGACCCUGAUAUUGGGUUCUUAUGGCUUGGUUCGUUUAUCACAGGUGGUUACGAUAAAGCACUUCGAGAAGGCCGCGCUGGUUGGUGGAAUAUCGAUCUUGGAGAAGCUGCGUGGACAGGGACAAUCAUGUCCUUUAUUCAGAUGCCAGUCCCUCACUUCGCUCCUGACACCCGGUCAAUCUCACGUGCCGAUGAAUUCAGAUUACUCUAUCUUUGUCAUGACCUUAAUUAUACCAUUCCGCCGCUGUUUCCCUUCCCACCAUUCGGCUCGACUGCCAUAGAGGAUACAAAUAUCGAUGUUCACGAACAUAUAUUCUGUGGCCAGGACCACAGUCUCAGGUUUUCGCAUCUUACUUGGCACUGCAGCGACGGUACUAAGGUUCAGCAGGGUCCUAAGGUUCCGACUAUGGCAACGAGGCUGAAGAAUGGAGGGCUUCUGGGUUCUGUCUCGGAAUUGGAGGUGGACUACGAGGAGUAUGAUUCAGAGGACGAGAAUUCUGAAAUGGCGACUCGAAAUAGAGCAAUUCGAGAACACGAGUGGAUUGAUAACUUGGACUCUGAAGAUGAUGAACCCAUUGAAGGAGAUGUGCAUUCUACCUUUGGUGGACAUCUUCAUGGAUGGCUUUUGAAAACAUCUACCCAUAGGUCUAAUUCAAUUUAA